ACAAACAGAUAAGUUAGCAUUUCAGAGCUAAUCAUCGGUGGAGCUGGCUGACUUAAGUAUCAACUGUCCAGCUAAACGACAAAAUGAAUUUCAGAUUUGCAGUUCGAUGAACUUAAAACCAGCAAUUUACCGAUCACGGGUAGUUAGUAGUGUAUUAUAAUAUGGAGAGAAAAUCUGGAAAUCGCUCUCCAACAGAAGAGGGUGAGCUCGAAGACGGGGAGAUCUGCGACGAUGAAACCGAGGAGAGUGUGCCGAUCCGGCUGGGGGAUGGUAGCAGGCCCGGCGGCGGAGUUUCUCUGCGGACGCGAAAACCACACCAACAUCCGCGUAAUAUGCCACCACAUAUCGGUCACCAGCCGCAAGAUUUCCGGCUGCUAAUGCCUUUCAACCUCGGACCUCUCGUACACGGUCCUUUCCCCCCGAGCCACAGGCAUAGCGGGCCCGACCGGCCUCCAUCUCCUCCGCCGCCGCUGCUGCCACUACCACUCACGCCGCCACCGGGGCUCGUUCCUCACGGGGAGCCGAGCCCACGGUCCAACUUCUGGGAGCGGAGCCACGGCGCGCUGGGGAGGUUUAGGCACCGGGCCAUGCCCAACGGUGGACGCGGGGAAUGGAACCGAGGGAACCGGGGUGAAGGGAACACCAGAGGUCUCCUCGGUCGUUAUGGGCCCGGAGAGAUUCACGGCAACAAGAAAGACUCUCCCUCGAGAAAACAGAAGCCACUGGGAAGGAAUCAGUCAAGAAAACCUGCUUACAAUGUUGCCAAAUCAGAAAACAGUGUUGAUGAGUCCUUCGAGGACUUGCUGUCAAAGUAUAAGCAGAUUCAGCUUGAACUGGAAUGCAUCCGCAAAGAGGAAACCAUGGCUCUGGAGCCCAAAGUUUCCCCAGCGAGAGACGUGACCCCAGAUAACACUACAAGUGUCGGGGAAACAAAACCUGAAACGGUUUGUGUUCAAAGUCCGGCAGGCACAGAAGAGAUAGGAGAGCUGGAAAAGGAAGAGAAAAAAGUCUUCCAGGCGUUCAACAUCAAGCCCCUUCGUCAGAAAAUUCCCAUUCCUCCGAAUCUAGAUGAGCUGAAGAAGAAAUGGGCCGAACAGAAUGAUACCACAGAUGGCGAAAAGGAGGGCGAAGAGGAAAGAACAACAGAAGAAGGUACACAAACAGACCAAAAAAUUGAUAAAGAGGGAGAGGAGACAGCAGCCAAGAUGACUUGUUCUUGCUGCAGUGAGGAAACAGAGAAGGAUGAGACGGGGAAAGUCAAAAAGGCCUGUACCUGUCGGAGAGGGUCGUCAGCUUCCAGCGAGGAGUCUCCUACCUCUCCAGACAAGCCGGUGCUGAAGGUGGAGGAGGAGGAGCUGUCGGAGCUGCAGCUGCGUCUCCUAGCCCUGCAGUCAGCCAGCAAAAAAUGGCAACAGAAGGAACAGCAGGUGAUGAAGAAAAGUAAAGACCGGAUCACUAAAGCUGCCCAGGAGAAGACCUCCAGCUCUGGCCCAGGUGCCACUCCACCCAGCAGACAGAGGGUCACGACCCGGUCUGCCUCCUCCUCCGCUGCCGCCGCUGCUGCUACUGCUGCUGUGGACAGGAACCGAACUCGGUCCAAGCCUCUGGAGAGGGACAGGGACAGGGCCAAGCCUGGGGCCAAACCUCCGGAGAGGGACAGAGAGAGGACGAGCGGGCUGGAACGGGAAAGGCUGAGGCCAAGCCCUAAAUCCAGACUCAGAUCACAAGUGGAGUGGGUGAGGACUCCAGGAUCACCCUACAUGACCAAGAAGAUCAGCCCAGUUUUAGCUGUUCGCACAGGGUCUGCCGCCAAGCAAGCGUUCAGGAAGCAACAGCUGCGGACGUGGAAAUGGAAGCUGCAGCAGCAACGGGAGCAGGAGGAGAACCGACGUCUGGAGGAGGAGGAACGCCGAAAACGCGAGGAGGAGAUCCGCAGAAUUCGUGACCUGUCAAACCAGGAUGAGCAGUACAACCGCUUCAUGAAAUUGGUGGGAGGCAAGACACGAACACGCAGUAAGUCCAGGGAUCGAGAACACAGGAAAUCAACAGGCAAACAAGGCCUGGACACCUCAGGGAACCUGUACCAGUAUGACAACUAUGACGAGGUGGCAAUGGACACAGACAGUGAAACCAACUCACCAGUUCCUUCACCAACGCCCAAUCCUUUUGCUGUGGAGGAUCCAGGAUGUUUUCCUCCAAUGCCCGUCUAUUUGUCAGGCUCUACUCAAUUUGGAAUGGAUUUCCCUCAGUCGUUCUCUUCUCCCAUGCUGUCUGGUCUUCCUCCACCACCACCGCCCCUCCCCCCACCUCCGGAUGAACAGGAACCCCCUCCAAAGCCGCCGUUUGCUGAUGAAGAAGAGGAAGAGGAGAUGCUGCUCAGGGAGACUUGUCUUAUGUCUAUGGCCAACAAGCGAGUGGCUGCAGCCGAGGAUAAGACCUCCAGCGGGCCUCCUUCUCCGAGCUCUCAGCCAGCAGCAGGUGUCCAGCAGCCACCCAGAGGAAAUCUCAGCACCGUCAGCCUCAACACUGUGCCCCAACCUCGGACCAACAAGUUCACCAGAGGCCAUCAUGUCCCCAGAGCUCCUCUAGUGCUGCCCCGACAUAAAUCAGUGGUGGUGUCGCUCAAUGAUUCAGAUGACAGUGACUCCGACAUGGACGCCUGCAGCUCCACCCAGGCGGUGUUUGGAGGACUGGAGUUCAUGAUCAAAGAAGCCCGGAGGACAGUCGAAGCAGCAAAGCCAAAGGGAGCAUCAGGAUCAGAGAAGGAGAACAAUCCUGUUAGAACUCCAGAAGCUCUACCUGAAGCCAAGAAGGCAGAGUACCGCCUGCUUAAAGAGGAGAUCGCCAGCAGGGAGAAGCAGAAGAUGUUGAACAGUCACAGCUCUCGGAGCUCCGCUUCUCCAGUUUUCUCUGAUUCUGUUAUCGACUCAUUGGCAAAAUCGUCCGCUGAGUUGAAGUUGACUGAAGCAGAGCAGAAACUGACCAAACACAGAGAGCUGCUGCAGAGAGACGAGGCCGUCCUGAGGCAUCUGCUCCAACAGGAGCUGAAGAAGAGAGACUCUCUGAAGGCGGCUGUGGCCAAGAUGGCUAAGCUAAAAGAACAGCUGCAGGCGUCUGAGAAGAUUGUCAUUGCAAACAGGACACUGCUUAAGAAACUGCAGGAGCAGGUGCUUCGUGUCGAACAUCGUGUGUCUACUAAGAAGACGAUAGCAGUGAAGCUGGAGCAGGAACUGGCUCAAGCCCAGAUGGCCGUCGGCAAAGGAACGAAACGACGACAAGACUCCAACCAGGCCAUGUCCAGUAAGAUACAACGAUUGGACGGAGCUCCCAGUGGCUCUGGGCGUCACUUUGCAGAAUUGAUCGCUCAGAAGCAACGGCUGCAGCAACUAGAGUCAGAGUACGCCCUCAAGAUCCAGAAGCUGAAAGAGACCCAAGCCCUGCGCAACAAAGGAGUCGCACUGGAGGUGCCCCCAGAACCGCUUUCACAAACCGCCACCCCCUGUGAGGCACAGAACCAGCUGCCACCGGUCUCCAGCCCCUUCCCACUGCCCCAGCCUUCCCUACAUGACCUCACACAAGACAAGCUAACCCUCGACAGCGAAGACAUCGCAGAGGCCGACGAAUCCGAAUCUACGUGUGCCCCUGCCCCCGCCACUAAAGGCACCCGUCGCCACUCCUUCCGCCAGUCAAACUCCUUCACCAAACCAAAUCUUGAACAAGUGACUGCAACUCCAGCUAAAGACAACAACACUGCCAAACCUGCCAAGUCUUUAACCAACCCUAAAGGACCUGCCCCACCUGCGGAGAUGUUUGCAGGCCUAGAUGUGGAUGCCUUGAAACAGAGAUACCAGCAGCAAGCCCGACUAGGAGAGCUGCUACUGAGGGAGCUGUCAAAAGUGGGAGAAAACGUUGAGAACGUUGCAGUUGGAAAGGUUCUUUCAGUGGAGGUGGAUGCAGCUACAACUCAAACAGGAAACACAGACUUAAAGCCUGUUCCCUUUGGACCCUAUCACAGCCCUCUCCUGGUCUUUAGAUCAUACAGGUUCAGUCCAUAUUACAGGACUAAGGAGAAGUUAUCACUGAGCUCUGUAACAUACAGCAACACCAUAGAACCAAAAAAGUGUUUCUGCCGGUUUGACCUGAUGGGCACCUGCAAUGACGAUGACUGCCAAUGGCAGCAUAUGAGGAAUUGCACUUUGACUGGAAAUCAGCUUUUCCAGGAUAUUCUCUCGUACAAUCUGCCCCUGAUCAGCUGUUCUGAGAGCAGCUCAGACGGGGACAUCAGUGCUGCUACAGAAAAGUAUAUCAAGAAGCUUUUUGGCACAAAUAAGGACCGUAUGGGUAUUGAUCAGAAGGCUGUACUCCUUGUGAGCAAAGUGAAUGAAAGCAAACGACACGUCCCACCCUACACCACCUGGAAGGACAGGAGGAGGUGGAAGCCAAAGCCAUCAGCUCAGACCAGCCUCAGUCCUGAUGAUGACAGUGAGGCUGAGAUGGCAGCUGAAAACGUUACACUAAGAAGAAGUGCAGAUAAUAGUUCCACUACGCCUCUGUCUGCGUUGGAUGUUUGUGUCACAUCAGAGGACAAGCGCUAUUUCAUCAGUGAGACAGACGACAUAUCAAACCUUGAGAUGAGUGUACUGGAAAGCCCCUGUGACACUCAGCUUUGGAUCAAAUUAGCCUUCAGAUACCUCAAUCAAAAUGACACCUCUGCGGCAGAGUGUUUAGAAGCUGCCCUGAACACAUUGUCUCGAGCUUUGGAAAGCAACUGCGACAACCCAGAGGUGUGGAGCCACUACCUGUCUCUAUUCUCCAGGCGAGGCAGCAGGGAGGAGGUCCAGGAAAUGUGUGAGAUGGCGGUGGAGCAUGCACCUGACUACCACGUAUGGUGGAAUUAUCUGAACCUGGAAAGCUCUUUUGAUAGAAAGGACAACGUGUCUGAACGCCUACUUGAGUAUCUCCUCAACGAAGCAUCAUCUGGUGUCACAGAUAAACUUUCCUUCCAGCUGAUGGAGGCUUUGCUCUACAGAGUACAACUCAACCUGCUCACAGGCAGGAUGGAGAACACUCUGGUCAUUUUGCAGAAUGCAUUAAAAUCAGCCUACGACAGGAGCAUUGCAGACCACCUGACCCCAAGAGACCGGGCCCUGGUGUGGCUCUCUUACAUUCACCUGACGGAGUUCGACCGUCUGCCGUCCAGCCUGUAUGACCCAGCUGACUCCGGACCGUCCAGACUUGUCAGCAGAGAGCCUUUCCUGCUCCCCUGGAAAACGCCACAGGACAUCAGCACUCCACUCGAUAUCCUGAUCGCACUAUUUGAAGAUGCCAUCAAUCAUUGCAUCGAUGACACUUUGUCGCAGAGUGAGAGGACACUGGCCUGCCUUCCUCUUCACACAAACCUCAUCCUCCUCAAUAAAAUCCUGGAGAAGUUUGAUGAGGGCAUCCUGCUGUGUGAGUCUCUGCUGGAGUUUUGUCCUGAGUCGUGCAUCCUACGAGAUGCUCUGGCCGACCUCCAUAUCGGAAAGGGAGAUGGCGGUCAGGCAGUCAGCAUGUGGCUUCACGCCCUGGCUGAAUGUCCCAACAACGCUGAGGUCUUCUAUCAUUCUUGCAAGUUCCUCAUGGCUCAGGACAAGUCGAGUGCUGUCGUCCCUCUGUUUCGAGGGUUCAUCCUGUCCCUUUGUGAAGACGAACAGGGUCAGAGGAAGCCUGUGGAUGUAUUGCGACACAUCCUGGGCUUUCCCACUGAAGAGCUGCUCCAAGGCCCCAUCAUUAAGAAGGAGUUCCAGGAGCAGCUUGGCCAGCAUAUGCCGUACCUCCAUCUGGUUCACUGUUGCUGGCAAUGGCUGCACGGUUCCGUUGAGGACACGGUGGAUGCCUUUGAGCGAGCGCUGGGAUCACCGAUGCAGCUGGAAGAGCUUCAUAAACUCUGGAUGGAUUAUCUGGUGUUCAGCAGCAGUCAGCAGGCCUCUGCUCCAAACAAAAGUCAACCCAAACUGUUCUCAGAUCUGGUCCAGCGCUGUCUGAGUACCGUCCCGUCUCGGUUGGAGGUGCCUUUCAACCCAGCAGAAUUCUGGAGCUCUUACAACUUCCACAACAAGGUGGUGACUUUUUACCUGAGCUGUCUGCCGCCGUCCCAACAUGCACUUGUCCUGGAGAGACUACGAUACGCGAUGCCUAACAACACCGUGCUUGGCCUGAGGUUGCUGCACCAAGAGUGGCAGGAUGGGAACAUUGAACAUCUGAAAUUCCAGGCCAGGAUGUUGAGCAGUAACGCUCCCAAGUGUUUGGCCAACUGGAAAAUAGCAAUAGCUGUGGAGAGGGAGCUAAAGGAGCGAUCAGAGGUACGACUUCUCUAUCAGCAAGCCCUCCAAAACCUUCCACUGUGUGCUGCCCUGUGGAAAGAUCGCCUGCUGUUUGAAGCUGCUGAGGGAGGUAAAACAGAUAAACUGAGGAAACUUGUUGACAAGUGUCAAGAGUUGGGAGUGAGUCUCAGUGAGUCGCUAAAUUUAGGCCUGGGCAGAACGCAGGGAGAACAUCAGUGACACUCGAAGCCAUUCCAGCGAGGUCCACACCCUCUUCAAGAAAAAAACACAACUAAAAUUUACAUGUAUAUCAUUUAAAAAUCACCAGAUUGGCUCUAGAUUAUUCAGUCAGACGGCCACUGCCUAGGUAAGCCAGAAAAGUUUGAGGAGGGGGCCGGGAAGAAUGAGCCACAGUUCCCUCCUCCUGCAGCGCCGCUCUUUGACACCAGAGGGCGCAGGACACGAGAAAAUCUCACCACGUCCCUCGAAUGUCCAAAUCACUCUGGACCCGCUUAUGUCUCCUUACAUCAUAUACGUAAGUAUAGAUCCUGCUGAGUGACACAGUGUUGCCUUUUUCCUGUUUUUUUUUUUUGUUUUGUUUUUUUUUUGUUUUUUUUUGUCUCCCCUGUUUUGUUUUGUUACUGUCAAGUUUUCAUUUGGAUUUCACCCCCUUUUACCCCUUCCCCUUUCCCCUUAUUAUUUUUUAUUAUGAAAUACCUGGAAGGGUUGGCAUUGGGACGGACUGUGACAUUUCACUGUGCUGUUUGAGUCCCUGUGUGUUUUAAAGGAUGUUUUCCCCCUGUAGUGAUGCUGAAACAUCUGCACGUUGUGUUUUCUUUGUCCCACUACGUCUCCUGAGGAAAGAUUGAGACGCUUAUUUUGUUAAACCUACCAAAAAAAAAAAAGAAAGAAAAUUGAAGUCCAUGUGGAGCAUGGCUGCCUGCCUGCUUAGUAUUUUCUAUUUGGCUUUUCCAUUGUCCCUUGUAUUUGUGAGACUGCCACAGAGACUGAUGAACGCUGUGACUGUCCUCUGCCUGCCGACCAACGGGGAAGGCCCUUUAAACGCACUAAACAAGGAUGAGACAGUCAGGACCUCGCUAACAAGUUCUCAUGUGCAAUUUGUCGUCUUUUUUUCCUUUUUUUUUUUUGUUAAAAUUAUACUAUAUGAUGAUCAAAAGUAUUAGAAAGGGGAGGAGAAUUAAGUCCUUCUAAUGUUUUUUGUAAGUUGAAUAUAAAUGUGAAUAAAUUAUUUUGUAAAGGUAAA